CUCAACAACUAGCCGGCGUGCUGUGUCUACACUUGUGUAUGACAAGCUGAAGCUCUGCGGAGUGGUUCUGCGCCGUGAUGCCGAACAUGUCCACGGGCAGACCGGAGCCCGACAGCCGGUCCGGCACCGUCAUCGAAUUAAGAAAAAGGCGUGGUGGAAGACGUUAUGACCGGACUGGGAAGCAUUAUCGCCGCCAACGGAGAGAUGACAGAUUAACAUUACAGACGAACCACAGCCAUGUCGGUGUUUAGUGAGGUUCCUCAGGCUGCUCCUGUCGCUGUUUUCAAGCUAUCGCAGGACUUUAGCAACGACCCGUUUCCCAACAAGGUGAACCUCGGAGUGGGAGCCUAUCGGACAGAUGAAGCCCGUCCCUGGGUUUUGCCCGUGGUGAAAAAAGUGGAAAAGAUCAUUGUGCAGGAUAAAAGUCUAAACCAUGAGUAUCUGCCGAUUCUGGGCCUUCCCGAGUUCAGAUCCUCAGCCUCCAAGAUUGCACUCGGGGACACGAGUCCUGCCAUUGCAGAGAGCAGGGUGGGAGCUGUCCAGUGUCUGGGUGGCACAGGUGCAUUGAAGAUUGGUGCUGAAUUUCUAAGGCGGUUUUACAAUGGGAACAACAACACCAAGACACCCGUCUAUGUGUCUGCACCUACCUGGGAAAAUCACAACGCUGUAUUUGCCAAUGCUGGCUUUGAGAACGUUCGUCCAUACAAGUACUGGGACGCGGAGAAGAGGGGCCUUGAUUUGGCCGGUUUCCUUGGUGACUUGAAGAGCUGUCCAGAGCACUCAAUCUUCGUCCUGCAUGCCUGUGCUCAUAAUCCGACAGGCACAGACCCAACACAGGAGCAGUGGAAGCAGAUCGCUGAAGUUAUGAUGAGGAGGAAGCUGUUUGUGUUCUUCGACUCAGCUUAUCAGGGAUUUGCCUCUGGCAGUCUGGAGAAAGAUGCCUGGGCUGUACGCUACUUUGUCUCCAUGGGUUUUGAAAUGUUCUGUGCUCAGUCCUUUUCCAAGAACUUUGGCCUCUACAAUGAGCGUGUGGGCAACCUGACUGUUGUGGCUUGUGAUGCAGACAAUCUGAAGAGAAUUUUGUCCCAAAUGGAGAAGAUUGUCAGGACUACGUGGUCCAACCCGCCGAGUCAUGGAGCUCGUAUUGUUGCCGUAACUCUCAACUCACCUGAGCUGUUUACUGAAUGGAAGGAGAACGUGAAGACCAUGGCUGACCGGGUUUUGUUGAUGAGGGCUCAGCUGAAGACCAAGCUCCAGGCUUUGGGAACACCAGGGACAUGGAACCACAUCACUGAGCAGAUUGGCAUGUUUAGUUUCACAGGCCUCAAUCCCAAACAGGUGGAAUACAUGGUGAAGGAGAAACACAUCUACUUAAUGGCCAGUGGUCGCAUCAACAUGUGUGGCUUGACCACUAAGAACAUCAGCUACGUGGCUGAGUCCAUCCACGACGCUGUCACUAAGGUCCAGUAGAAGACUACAUUACCCACAUGUCACAACACUUAAGUCCUGCCCGGCCCUAAGUUGUCCUCAUGUCAGGGACAGAGAUUGUGUCCAGCCAAUGUUUUGGACCAAACAUCUAAUUUGCACAAAGAGAGCACAAUGGCCCUGCGUCGUCGUCCCCCCCCCCCUACUGUUUCCCUGUUUGUGCUAAGAUAGGCCAAACACAACUAGGGCCUAACACCUGCUUAUCUAACUCCCUAUAAGAGAUUAUUCAUUUGAGUAAAUGUGUUCAUAAUUUG